AUGGCAAACAGAUCCCCCGAGGAUGAUCUCCAACUGCAGAAUCUCCGGAAGGUCUCCGUAAAAUCCGGUGAUAUACAAGACAACUUCCACGUUGACCGAUUUAUUACCUUCUUGAGACUGCCGUCCUUGGAUACCCUUCACCUUGCCGGCAUACAUAAUGACGACUCGAAGCAGCUCCCACCUUUUUACUCUGACCGUUACUCUCUGCUUGUGCCCGGCUCCGAGUACCAGUACUGCAACCAGGUUAAAUGGGGGCGUACGUACAGGAGCUUCCGGUGUCGAGCAUUCCACGAGGGACUGUUAUCACAAACGGACUGUCUGCGCGUGCUACGCCUUAACGAUGUUGGUGUCACCAGGUUGCGUGAUACCUGCGAGGAUGAGGAAUUCCUGCAGGAGAAUCGCGCCUCCAACGAACAAGCCUGGUUUGGUGGUCUGACUGGGUUUGAGUCAUUGGAAAGCCUGAGGAUACAGGUUUGGAAUCUAUUGGACUGGACGGAUAGGGAGGAGCCCGGUAUGCCGCUGGACGAGGUCCUUCCGCCUGGACUAGAGACUCUUGUUUUGACAAAGGUGGACUACAUCGACUACGCGAUGUUGGCGGGGCAGCUGAAGCGGUGUUUGCGAUGCAAGGCGACUCAAUUCCCUAGACACAAGAUGAUCCUACUCCAGCCGUUUCAGGUGGAGGUUAUCGGCGGUGGAUUCCAACCGGGACAAGGCAACUGGGGAGUUCCAGAGCUUGCAAAAACCGUCUUUCCGGACGUGGCCAAGAGUUGCAAGCUGCAAGGGAUUGACUUUGGCUUCUGGGAGGAUGAAGACUAUGUGAUCGUAGCCGAUGGGGUGGUGGUGGAUGAGACCGAUAAUUAUUCAGGGCGGUUUUUGUUAAGUUGUGACUGA